CUUGUAUGGUUAAUUAAUGUGUCCACACCUAGAAUGGCUUCAAACUUAGAGGUUGGAGAGAAGAUUGAAUCAUUUUUUACAAUUACAAGGAUUUAUAGCAGUCAAGAUGGUGAGUCACAUUUUGGAACUGUGAAAAUAAAAAUGAAAGGAAAAGGCGACAUUGGUUCAAUAUCGGAUAUAAUACCAUCAACUGGUCUUAUGUUUAGAGAGACUCCAUCUUCUUACAAUUACUCAUGGCACACAGCACCAAGAAGACAGUUCAUAGUUAAUUUGGAUGCCAGUGUACAGGUAACUGUAUCUUCUGGUGAGAAAAGAAUUCUAAAAGAAGGAGAAGUGUUCUUUGUAGAGGAUACUACUGGGAAAGGUCAUUUCUCUGAGUCAGUGGAUGGUAAAGUUAGACGCUCAGUUUUCCUGCCUGUGCCAGAUGAUUACAAGUUACCUACUGACUGCUAACUAAUUUUAAUUCAUAUUUUAAAUUUUUUUCAAUAGAAAUUAUUUUAAUUUAAA